GGGAGAGGCGCGAGCUGAUGACACGCCGGCGCGCGCGGUGAGCUGAGCAGCAUGGCGUCGGUGGCGCUGAGCGAGGCCGAGAAGGUCUACAUCGUUCAUGGAGUGCAGGAAGACCUUCGGGUGGAUGGCCGUGGCUGUGAGGACUACCGAUGUGUUGAAGUAGAGACUGAUGUGGUGUCUAACACCAGUGGGUCUGCCAGAGUCAAGCUGGGUCACACAGACAUCUUGGUGGGAGUGAAAGCAGAAAUGGGGACACCGAAGCUGGAGAAACCAAAUGAAGGCUACCUGGAGUUCUUUGUUGACUGUUCAGCCAACGCUACCCCAGAAUUUGAAGGGCGAGGAGGUGAUGACCUUGGCACAGAGAUUGCUAACACCCUCUACCGGAUAUUUAACAACAAGAGCAGUGUAGACCUGAGGUCCCUCUGCAUCAGUCCUCGGGAGCACUGCUGGGUUCUCUAUGUGGAUGUGCUGCUGCUGGAAUGUGGUGGGAAUUUGUUUGAUGCUAUUUCCAUUGCUGUAAAAGCUGCUCUCUUCAACACAAGGAUACCAAGGGUUCGUGUUCUGGAGGAUGAAGAGGGGGCAAAGGACAUUGAGCUGUCUGACGAUCCUUAUGACUGCAUCCGACUGAGUGUAGAGAAUGUCCCCUGCAUUGUCACCCUGUGCAAGAUUGGCUGCCGGCAUGUGGUAGAUGCCACACUUCAAGAGGAGGCCUGUUCCCUGGCCAGCUUGCUGGUGUCAGUGACCAGCAAGGGAGUCGUGACAUGCAUGAGGAAAGUGGGGAAAGGAAGCCUGGAUCCUGAGAGCAUCUUCGAGAUGAUGGAGAGCAGCAAGCGAGUGGGCAAGGUGCUGCAUGUGUCCUUGCAGAGCCUUCUGCACAAGGAAGAAAGCCUGGGGCCCAAGAGGCCGAGAGUCGGGUUCCUGGGGUGAUUUGUCUCCACUGCGCAUUGGUCGCCUCACUUUUCCAUUGAGACUGGUUUGUAUAUAUUUUUCUUAACUGUCAAAAUUUAAGUUACCAUUUGUAAAUGUAAAAAUAAAGUCUAUUUUUUUGU